UAAAUCUUACAGUCCGUCUCAAGGAUAUGCUUAAUAUCUUCGAUCUGAGUUAUCUUGCUUCUCAGUGGAUUAAUGUACGAAGCGAUAUCUCAGCGAAUUGUUCGCAGGAUAUUUAUAAAUAUCUGAAAGGAUUACAAGAGGCCAAAAUAUGGGCUAUUAAAAUGGACGAUGCUUCCGGACAUUAUGCUUCGGGUUUCUUUUAUGGCAAUAACUAUUGGAUGGGUUCAAUGUCACUGUGUAAGGCAAUCUAUCACGAAGACAAUGAGGAGGAUGAAGCGGCUCGCAGACAGGCAGCUAAAAAUUCCGGUUUACCCUUUGCCAAGGCACACACACAGGCAUACACCACAGUUUACAAUGAGAAUCCAUCAUUUGUACCAGGAUUUUAUAUUAUCAAAAUGUUACUCAAUGAAACAUUUCCCACAAAUGUUAUUAGAACAAUCUACCUUGGGGUUUGCUUGCCAUCAACAUGUAGCAGUGAAGAUGUAAAAGAAAUUGCUCUUCGUGCCCAACGUCCCAUUGAUUCGCACGAAAUUGCAUUUCUAGAUGUUCGUGUACCUACCGACAAAGAAUUUAACAUUUUCGAGGAUCGGACAUUCUGGAUUUUAAUCGUGGUCUCAACAAUUGUAGCUUGUCUAAUAUUUGCCGGGACUUUAUAUGAAGUUUACUUGAGAAGACGUUUCCGUGAAGCGUUACGUCGUCAGGACAAAGAAAUGAUGAAUAACAGUGAAACAUCAUCGGGUAUUGGUUGUGCAUCCUCAGACUACAGUGAUUCUGUAACGAAUGAGUCAUUGAAAAAGGAAACACUUAAGGAUUUGAAUAUUGUUCUGAACUUGCCACACACUGUCACGGAAUGUGGUCCGGAAACGAGUACAAGCACCUCGGAUGAACAUUUAGAAGGACAUCUACACGAACCGGAAAAACUUAGUAUCUAUUCAGAGCUGUUACUCUCCUUUUCGGCCAUAACAAAUUUCAAUGCGAUUUGUGAUCGUAAUGUGGGCGCCGAUACGAUUCCUUCCAUUCACGGUUUGAGAGCUUUCUCAAUGGCUUGGGUUAUACUGGGUCAUACCUGCAUUGUUAUCUUUAAAUAUUCUGACAAUAUGGAGCUGCGCAAAGAUGUCGAAAAGAAUUUCUUCUUCCAGGCCAUAACUAAUGGACCAUUUAGUGUAGACACAUUCUUCUUUAUAAGUGGAUGUCUGGUGUCUUAUUUGUACUUCCGCACAAAUGCCAAAGGCAAAUUAAAUAAACUUAUAAAAGGAACAAAUGAAUUUACCAGAUGUACGGCACACUUCUUCGGUUUGGUUAUAUACCGUUUUAUGAGAUUGACCGCUCCCUAUAUGUUUGUUUUGGGUGUCGUUCAGGUGUCCAUGAAAUAUUUGGCUACAUAUUCGAUAUUUGACCCGCCCACAAUGGAUCACAUAACAUGUCCAGAUUAUUGGUGGCGCAAUGCCCUCUACAUUAACACACUGUUCCCCGUCGAGCAAAUGUGUAUGUUAUGGAGUUGGUAUUUGGCAAAUGACACCCAGUUUUACAUCAUUGGUGCUCUGAUCCUUAUUGUGGGAGUUCGCCAUUUCAAAUUAUCAGCCGUAACUACAGGUGUCUUUUUAGUGCUUUCUUGGAUAACAACGGCUGUGAUCGCAUUCAGUAAUAAUCAUCGACCCGAUACCGAUGAUCCCUUGGCUUUGUUCGACAAGAUUUAUGACAAGCCAUGGACUCGUUUGGGACCAUAUUUGAUUGGUAUGGCUGUUGGGUGGAUUCUGUUCCGCACCAAUUGCAAGAUACGUUUAUCGAAAACCAAAGUGGCAAUUGCCUGGACUUUGACUUCGGUGAACCUGUUUGUUUUGGUGUUCGGUUUAUAUCGUGCUGAGUUGUCACAAUUCACAGCAGCCCUUUACAGUUCAUUGAGCCACUCGGCAUGGGCUCUGUCAUUGGCAUGGAUAACCAUUGCAUGCUCAACAGGAUAUGGAGGCUUUGUCAAUACAUUGCUCUCGGCUCCAUGUCUGUAUCCCUUUUCCAGAGUAACUUAUUGUGCUUAUUUGGUUCAUCCCAUAGUUAUACGUUCAAUGGCUCUGAACACUGAUUCACCACUGCAUUUGGGUGGUGACACAAUGGUAAUAAUGUUCUUUGGUUUUGUCGUCGCCUCCUAUCUACUUUCGUUUGUGGUCUCGAUGUCCUUUGAAGCUCCAGUCGUUACAAUGCUUAAGAUUUUAUCGCCUAGUCGAAAAAAGCGUUUGGCGUAAGAGGUGUUACACUGUUCGCCGCCGCUAGGCCUCAGAGGCCAGAAGUACGCUUUCAAUUUGUUUUAUUAUUAUCGUAAUGUUUAACUAUUAUUAUUAUUACUAUGAUUAUGUACAUAUAUAUGUAACUACCGAAUAUUUGUUAUUAUUUGUAAGUUUACUCAUACAUCCACAAGACAACGAACUUCCUCUAUUUAUCAACAACGAAUCAUCAUCAUUCGCUCGCUCGCACAUUCUUGUCAUUCUACGUAGCUCCAAUCUAAUG